AUGCGACUAGAACCCACGCCAUUCGAGGACCCUGAGCAAAACACAAAAACUCCAUGCUUUGUCCAAAAAGCACCAGUUUGGAGCCCGUCUGAGGCAAACCGAUUUCAACGAGAUAACCGCUGGCACGGUAUUGACCCUGUACCUACUACUGUUGCACUGCUUUUUCUAUCAAUACUUACGAUUUGCCUUACGGGGGCUGAAUUAAUGCUGGGGUUUGCUGUACUGCCUAUGGUGAUACUCCUGAUAUCUACUGUAACGGCAGUGCACACGGCCCUGGACCUCGUGCUGUACCAUAAUUCCAGUUUACCACCAGUAUAUACGCUGUAUAUGUCAAUUGUUAUGGUAGCCACUUGGAUUAUUGGUAUAGGUAUUGGCGUCGCAGAUUUAAAGAGAGGAAGCGUCGCCCCCCACACAGGGGUGAGGGGGGAACUGAUAUAUGGGUAUUGUUUGGGAAUCGGAGAAUGGUUUAGUUAUUACAGAAGAUUUGGUUGCUUGGUUCCAAGAGCAAGGUUGCUGGAUGAGGUGUUUGUGCUAAUUUUCUAUAUAAUUUCGACAGUAAUAUCAACAAUCGCCCACCACCGCAACAAAACCAAUAAAAUCAAUAUACCUAGGGACCAAACUCAUAGAUACACCAAAGUUUGUAGUGAUGAAAAGAGCAGCACCUUUCCAGAUCGAGGGCGCUCGGGGUUUGAAGUUCAAUUAUCCCAAACAACCUUUCAUAAUGACUCGCUCGUCAUGAUUGACGAAGAAGAUUGUAUUCUCAAUUUGGAAGCCAGCUGA